GAAGUCAUCAAUAUCCUACCACGUACAGCCUCUUGUUCUCCUUCCAUCUUAGUUUCUACAGUGAUAGUAUUGCCAAAAUAUGAACACCAAGUGUCACUGGAUGCCUGCAGAAGAUGAGACUCUCAAGGCAUUGGUGACCAAAUAUGGCCCUCACAACUGGAACGCCAUCGCUGAAAAGCUCCAAGGAAGAUCAGGAAAGAGUUGUCGGUUGAGAUGGUUCAAUCAGCUGGAUCCAAGAAUCAACAGGAAGCCUUUCACAAAGGACGAGGACCAACUGCUGCUUGCGGCUCAUGAGAUCUAUGGAAACAGAUGGGCGAUCAUUGCGCGCCUGUUCCCAGGGCGCACCGAUAACGCUGUUAAGAAUCACUGGCAUGUGAUCAUGGUCCGACGGCACAAACAGCGGUCUCAGCUUCCUCGUAAGCGUGGUGAUCAGAGUAAAGAUAAUUCAUUGAAGUUCUAUGAUUUUCUACAAGUGAACAGUGACUCUGAUAGCACUCCAGAGGACGUGAGAAGAGAGGGAGAAGAACGAUACGAGGAUAAGGAGGAAGAGAAUAAGAGCCAUGCCAGGUUCAUUGAUUUCUUGGAAGUUGGAAGCUUCUAA